AUGUAUAGGGCCAAUUCUCCUUCAUCAAAAUAUUAUGCGUUUGUUUAUAUUUAUUACCAUUUUACAGAGAGAUUGCGAGAUCAGCUGCUCCUACAUUCAAGCUGGGAUGCCGCGAUUCUGCCAGUCUUCCAUCAAAGAUGUUAUCCUAAGCUGCAUGUCGAUGGUCCCUUUGGGAGCCCUUUUGAAGAAUCUUUCAAUUAUGAAGUCAGCCUGUGCAUAGCUGGAGGCAUUGGUGUGACUCCAUUUGCAGCUGUCUUCAAUACCCUGCUGGAUGACUGGAAGCCCUACAAACUCAGAAGGCUUUACUUCAUUUGGGUGUGCAGAGACAUCUUGUCCUUCCACUGGUUUGCGGAUCUGCUCUGCAAAUUGCACAACAAGCUCUGGCAAGAAAACCGACCAGAUUUUAUCAAUAUUCAGCUGUACCUCAGUCAAACAGAUGGGAUACAGAAAAUAAUUGGCAAGAAAUAUAAAGUGCUGAACCGCCGGCUUUUUAUCGGACGGCCACGAUGGAAACUCCUAUUUAAUGAAAUAGCCAAGUAUAACAGACAGAAAACAGUUGGCGUUUUUUGCUGCGGCCCUCGUGGAAUCUCCAAAGCUGUACACAAACAAAGCAAUAGGCGCAAUCCUUACGGGACAAGGUUUGAAUACAACAAAGAAUCCUUUAGCUGAGAGCAUCGGGGGCUUUCCAAGGACUGCUUG